ACCAGCGCUCCGGAUCAAAGACUCGCUUUUGGUUCGGCAGUCUUACGGUUUUGUAGUCAGAGUAGUCUGCUCCUGGUCUCCACGGACGCUUCUCUGUCUGGAUAUCUUCACCUACUUCGUUUUUUCUUCUUCUUUGGAUUACAUUCUUCGGAUGGUUUUUAACUCCAGUUCGAUGCAUAGAAAUGGGUAAACUGCACUCAAAACAUGCGGCUAUUUGUAAACCCAGAGAGAGUCCAGAAGGGGACAGUUUUGUAGUCAACGCGUGUUUGGCGAGAAAGGGAAUCGACGACUGGCUGGUAAAGCAGAAAUACUACUGCACUACCAGCUCAAGACUGGAGCAGCGAGACUGUCACCUCAAGAGUAGCUCGACUGCGCGGGACUCGAUGGUGGAUGCGUGUGCUGAGGGGAUUGGUGAUGAACACUAUCGUUUAGAAGUGGCUUUGCCGCCGGAGAAGACCAACAGCUGCUGCGUGGAGGACAAGAUGCAGGAGAGGGACGGCCAAUCCACCGCAGGGAAGCAGCUCCAGUUUGAAGAGCUGGAGUGUGCCGUGUCUGUGGAGGAGGACAACAGACAGGAAUGGACUUUCACCCUCUAUGAUUUUGACAACAGUGGCAAAGUUACAAGAGAGGACAUCACCAGCCUGCUCCACACCAUCUACGAAGUGGUGGACGCCUCCGUCAACCACUCCCCCAGCAGUAGCAAGACGCUGCGAGUCAAGCUGUCUGUGGCUCCUGACUGCAGCCAGCGGUGGAAGAGCUGCACGCAGGGGGCGACAGAUCUGCCCCACCCCAGAGAGAAAAAUGACAGGUGCAUCGAAGAGCCAAAAAGUGCGGAUAAGAAGUCUCGAGCACUCCUAAGUGGUCCUGCUCGUAUCCGCAGGCGCCACCACAGUGACCACCACACCCAGCCUGGCUGCCAGCGCCACUGUGUGGAUGAGAACCUGGAGCGCAGGAACCAUUACUUGGACCUGGCAGGCAUUGAGAACUACACGUCUCGCUUCGGAGUUGCCCCUGCUGCUGUUGAACAAGCUAAACCCGAGAAUCAGACCCGAUCAUCCAACCAGGCGCGUUCUCGCUCUCAUGAACCUGAAAAUGGCCACUCCCAUUCCCACCAUCGCCGCCUACAGGCAGUCAUGGAAACCGCCACUCCCGACUGUCUUCAACCCGUCCGGCCGCGGGGCCAGGACUCUGGGAGACACGCCAUCCGAUCUCCCAAGACCCACAGCCGCACCCCCCCAGCACAGACCAGUGGCCGGGUGAUGAGGAGCCGAGGCGUCCCGCCUCCUGCGGCCCUGCCAAGCCAGACACCCCCGCAUGAGUCCACAGCACCCUACCGCAAACACAAACAGAGGUCCAAGGACAGUCAGGGAUACCGGGCCUUAAGCGCGCUUGCAUCUCCAGGACCAGUGGUGGAGAAGGAGCAGGUGAGGGACCUCCCCAGCCUACUGCUCUAUGAGGGGGGGUUGGCACAAAUGGUGCAGCGGCAUGAGCAUCACCACCACCACGAACAUCAUCACCACUACCACCACUUUUAUCAGUCCUGAGGUUGGACUCGGCCAGGGACAGGUAAUGCUCCUGCCGCCCCAAAGCAAACCCCCUGACGGGGGCGUUGUGGAGGACACAUCAGAUGGGGAAGGAAGGAGGUGGCUGCCCCAGGACUAAAGCACCAUGAGCCAGUGUUAUGAAAGGCUGGGAGGAUGCAGCGAGACAGGGAUUCAGAGCGGUGCAGGACUGAAGAACCCCACCAGGCUGGAGAGUAAAUUGUGAAAUCAGCUCUGCAGGCUUUCCCAGACCCCCCAGGACAACGAAAAGAAGAGGGACGAGAGGAAGAACUGGACAUGAAGGAAACUGUGUGAAUGCGUCUGUAAAAAUGUGAAUUGGUGACUGUUGCAGGAGUCUCAGUGAGUGUGUGUCUGUGUGUGUCAUUGCACUGGUGUCUGUUGAAAACCACUUGAAGUGUGCGCUCAUGGGUGUGUGAGAUUUUUUAAAGUUUCUGAACAUCGGUAGAUUGAAGCAAACAACACCCAGUCAGUAAAGCUGGGAAGGACAACAUAGAAAUUUAGUGAGAUACCCCAAAUCUGCUGCUACCUCUAACGUCUUUCAAUUGUAAUUGUGAGUUUAAUUCAGCAUUUCUAGGUUUCAGGUUAAUUUUUCAAAAAUACUUCAAAAACUUUUUUUUUUGUUUUCUGAAAGACGAGUCUGGCAAACUAAAAUGUGGAAAAGCUCCUUUGUAAACUAACGUGGUGUACAUAAGUGUAUAAAUACAUAUGCAUAUAUAUUACUAUCAAUUUUAUAAGCUUUAUUAAUAUUGUAACAUCUUUGUAUCGGCUGUUGAGCUGUGGAGUUUGUUUCCUUUACUACAGAUUUUCUGUUUGACCACUAGCUAGAAUAUUUACGUCUCUAUUAGUGAUCCUUUCUCCUUCUCUGUUCUUUUUCUACUUCUGCAUCUUUGCUACAGUACCCACACUUAACAGAGCUGUUCAGAGAGUCCGUCUCAAGAAGCAUGGUUUACUUUGUGAGAUCGCGUUCAUAUUUCUAAUCAAAAACAUACUUUAAGAUGGGUAUAAAGUACUUUUUUGCCCCAGUUUUUACGAUGAAAUAAUCUUUCUCCCAACUCCCCAAAGCUUGCUUUUGUGCCGUUCUGCUGUGAUUCCCCUAAAAAUCUUCCUCAAUCUCUUAAAAUGUCAUUUGAGUUUUGCAUCUUUACACACAAUAAUUAAAAAAAAAACUAACCACCCCCUCCCCUCCAUUAACCAUGACCCCAUACUCAAUGUAUACCUAUAAAAAGUAAAAUAUAAAAGAAACUUAAGGCUUCUGGUCUUCUAAUUGGUGACUGUUACAUACAUGACACAGGAUAAGUAACGGGGCGGGUUAUCACGGCCAAAAUAUGCAACUGCUUUUGUUUUGAGUAACAAGUUUCAGUUUUAAGUUUUGACUAAAUAUUGGUUUCUUUUUUUCAUUCAAAACCUAUGUUGUCUAGUUAUGAGCAACACUGUUCACAUACUUGGUGAUAAAAUAAGACAAUUUGAACUCUUAAAAAAAACGGAAAAAGAAAUAAAUAUAAGCAGCAAUACAGUUGGAAGUGAAAGGGAUUUAUGGAUUUGAAAAAUUCAUAUUGAUUUUCAAAGUAAUAACCAGUUUGAUAGAUUAAAUCAAGAAAUGUAAUGUAUCCUUCUUCUUUUAUCUUUAGGUCGAUUUCCGUAAGAGUCAGUUUCUGAUUUUUGUUAUUUUUUAAAAGUACUUUCACUGAAAUAGUUUCCGUUUUGACAGGUGAUAUUCUAAAACCAGUAACAAUCAGAAGUGAAGGCUGUGAAGUAGCACAAGUAACUGUCGUAAUGGUCAGGGCUGUUUUUAGUGGCUUUAUUAUUGCAAUCUGAAAUCAAAAGCAAAUAAUGAGAUUUUUAGCCUUUAAAACCACAAAGAAGCUGAAAGAUCAGGGAUAGACAAGAGUAGUGUACAUUCAGUUUGUUUAUUUAAAAUUGUGUAAUUUCAGAGAAUUACUACAAACAACUGCAAUUUUAAGACAAAAAGAGUCUUCCUCCUAUUUAAAGAAAUGGUAAAAAUUCCCACUCCAAUCAUCUUUUGAUCUAUCUCAAAAACGUCCCCACUGAUAUUUGAAUUAUGCCGUUUUCAGCCAAGAUAAAAGAAAAAAAAACCUGUGUUGCUUUCUGGGACAUAGUUUCUGCGUAGAGUUUGGAGCUCAAUAGAAAUUUGCCUCCGCAUUGUGGGCGGGACUGUUAGCAUGGAGCAACCCCGCACCCCCUUCCCAUCCGUGUUGCUGAGAACUCGGAGCAGGCAGUUUGUUCGUCACAAAUGAGCUCUUUUUCAAACGGCGUUUUUUUCGUCUGCUCCUGAUUCCCAACGAUUUGCAUAAAGAAAUAAUCAGAAAUGCAAUUUAUAUGUCCUUCGUCAUGUUAAAAACCCUCCCUUUGGAAUUUCAGACGGGUGUUCUCCCCAAGUCACAGUAGCCUUGUUGCCCGGCCGAUGGUCCCACAGCUGCUCCCUCUGUUGCCAUGGCAUCUCCCUGUCCGCCAGCUGUCAGCGGGUCUUUCACUGUGCCGCCAUGUGGGCUCAUCUCCCAGCCAACAAGGCUCUUGUUUGUGGUGCGGUGAGGCAAGGGCUCUUUCAGCUGUCUCAUUCCUCUGGUGCCGGAUGACACUGGCCCCGACCUGUGGUCUCCGCUGCACCCAUAAUUCACGGCUGCACACGUCCCACAAAACCUUAACCCGCGGGUGUGGAGGGCUCCAGCACGUGCAGCUCUAACCUGACCGAAGCGCUGCUGUUGUGAGAGCGUCGGUGACCUUUUCCCCAUGCCUUUCCUCAAUAUCCCCAAGAACAUAGCACCACGCUUAAAGGAAGUCCAUCCAGAAGAAAGACGUCCACUCAUGGCCUAUGCUAACCAGACCUCUGGGCCUCCACUGUUCAAACUUUACGAUCUGUGUUUGAUUGUGAGUCUGCCUUGGUGGUUGUGUAUGCGAGGAGGAGGAAUGCUGUGCGCUCCGCUGUUGCCCCCGGCGCUCUGUUGUCUGCAGCUGCAGGUUGUUCUGUGGAAGAGGCACCGGUCAGGCGGAUUACCUUUUGGGAGCCGAUGAAGAGAAGCAGCUCCACUUGCAGGCGGGGGUCACAGCUGUGCUCCAUACCUCGGCUUCCUCUCUUCACGUGGCUUUACUGAAACUUCCAAGUCUCUGCUAGCAGAACCCCCGAUUAAAGUGGAACUUCUUUGUCAGGGCUUUCAUCUCACCCGGAGUGAGAGCAGUGUGGAAAUGGUCGUCUCGUUGUGUUAAAAGACUCCAAGCAGGCAACUUUCCGUCUCCCAGGGUGGUCUGAGAUUGACACGGUGGCUGAGGGGCUUCUGAAGGAAUCCGGCUGAGUCAGACCACCACAGCCAAGUGGCAAACUCUGAACUCGUUUUUCCCAGGGGGACUCGUAUUAAGCAUUGCAUUUUUUUAAUUUCAUUUAACACUCUGGUUUAAAUUCAUAGAGGUACCCCCCCUGGGUAUGGGACGGUGGACACCUGCACAGCGUUUGUUAAGAGUCGGGGAGAGAGCAGCUCUGCUUUUUCCAUUUGUUCUCAUCAAAGAUCUGAGAUCCUUAUUUUCAGCAGCCAACUCAUCAGAUAUUUUUCAGAGUCAACAAGAAUCUCUCUUCUUACUUUGUUAUUUUUAGACACCACAUUCUGGGUACACGUGUGCUGAAUUUAAUUCCAUCAGGAAUGCCUCUGAUGAUUUCCUAUAGAAGCACCAAUGUAAUGAAGUAUGCAACAACUUCUCUGUGUUAAUACAAUAUCUAAUGCACCACUAAUUUACUUUGGACAGUUUAAGCUUUUUAAUAUUUUUCAUUGUCUGCUUGUAUCAGUCAUGUUGUCUUCAUCAGCACAGUGGAACGAUUUCUCUGUUUUCUCACACACUCGGUGCUUGUUUAACUCUGUCUGCCCUUCCCUCUCUCUUUUUAAAAGGUUUUCAUGACUUUUUAUUCAACUGUAUUUGAUUAAUUGCUUUAUUUAUUGGAUAGCAGAUCUGUGCCAAGGGAGGGGAGGGAGGAGGGGGGGACCCUUUUAUUAAAAUAUGAACCUGUUCUUAAUGAGCUCACUGCGUUUUUUUUUUGUGCUCGGUGUUUGAUUCAGUGGUCGUGUCGCACGCAGCACAAACAAUCGGAGAUCAGAUUUCUACAUUUUUGGACUUGCAGGCUCAGGAAGGACGUUUGGAAAAACUGAGACGAUGUUAGCAGGCAUGCAUAAAGUAUCGAAAAAAGAAAAAAAAAA